GGGAAGGUUUUCUGCCUCCACUAGUAGAUGCACAGACAAGUUCUCAGCGAGAGGGAACUGUCUUUUGUUAGCCUGCUUGGGAGAGUCCAAGAAAGACAGAGCCGCAUCCAUGAACUAGAACACUUUUUGGAAAAUGAUCAUCUGUGCGAAUAAAAUGGAGUACCCCCUCAGAAGCCAGGGCCAGCGAGUUCAAAAACAGACAAACCUGCAGGCUGGCACGCGGCUACAGGAAACCUUUUUUUCCCUUCCCCAACCAACUGUGAUGGUGAACACAGAGAAGGAGCGGGCCUCCCUGCUGUUCAUGCAGGCUCUGAUCAGCAGGGGCAGCGUGGACACCGUGUCCCACCACAUGGCCUCGCACCCGCAGUACCUGGAGAGCUUCCUGCGCUCGCAGCACUACAUCCUGCACAUGGACGGCCCGCUGCCGCUGCCCUGCCGCCACUACAUCGCCAUCAUGGCGGCAGCGCGGCACCACUGCAGCUACCUGGUGUCCCUGCACUCGGCCCACUUCCUCCGGGUGGGCGGGGACCCGGUCUGGCUACAGGGCCUCGAGGCGGCGCCUCCCAAACUCCGACUGCUGGACCACAUCAACAAGGUGCUGGCCCACCAGCCCUGGCUCGUCGCCUGCUCCCACAUCCAGACCCUGCUGAAGACGGGCGAGCAGUGCUGGUCCCUGGCCGAGCUGGUGCAGGCCGUGGUGCUGCUGGCCCACUGCCACUCCCUCUGCAGCUUCGUGUUCGGCUCGGCCGCCGAUGGCGGCGUGUGCGACCUCUCCCCGCUGCCCAAGUCCCCCAACGGCACCCCGCCGCCGCCGGCCUCCUGCCCCUGUGACGUCGCCAACGGCAACGCCAACGUGCCGGACGCCACACAGCGACGGGCCCUGGACUCAAGCUGUGAGAUGUUGUUUUUAAAGGAGAGGAUUCAGAAGUCUCAGGAGGAGCGGGAGAAACGAGAGGAGCGCCUCCUGCAUGCACACACAAUCCAACAAACGGAGCUGGAGGAGGACGAGGAGGCGGCGGUGUACCUGGCGGAGCCCUCGCGCUUCAUCAGCGACCCCGACUUCUGCUACCAGGAGUUCACCCGGCGCCACGAGGACCACUUCCAGGUGUUCAGGGUCCAGGACUACUCGUGGGAGGACCACGGCUUCUCAUUGGUCAACCGGUUGUACUCGGACAUCGGCCACCUGCUGGACGACCGGUUCCGCAGCGUUGCGGCCCUGCCCUCCUCUCACAGCCCCGACCUGAAGCGAGCCAUCUGGAACCACAUCCACUGCGUCCUGGGCAUACGGUAUGACGACUAUGACUACGGGGAGGUGAACCAGCUGCUGGAGAGCGACAUGCAGCUGUACAUCAAGGCGGUGGCCUGUUUCCCCGACGACACCAAGGACCCCGUGUGCCCCCUGCCCUGGGCGCCCCUCAAACCCUCUGAACGAAUACAUGUGAACCUGCUCAUCAUGGAGGCCCGGCUCCAGGCGGAGCUCCUCUACGCGCUGAGAGCCAUCACUCAGUACAUGAUCGCCUAAGAGCAGUCCGGCAGGCGGGGAGUCGAACCGGCCACACUGCGCAGAGAGACGUGGAGACCAGAGCCUUGGAGGAACGGAGGAAGGAGACGGCGGUCAUGGAGGUCUCGAAGAGAACGUCAGGGGGGUUGAGGAGCAGAGGGGAAGGAUACUGAAGUAUGUGAAGUCACUGUCCCCUGCGGACUGGGCGGUCCUUUGGGGCCCUGCAGUUUAAAUGCUGUUUUUAAAAAAUAGCAGGAAAGCUCCACCACAUCCACUUUUUUGCCAAAGCAAAGCGGAACAUUGUUCUUAAGCCGCCCGCCCCUCUCUCUCACUCCUCCCAAAACGAUGGGUACGGGAUGUCCCGUAGAGGGCAGUCGGCUGUGGACCGCGUCAAACUCCCUCGUUUUCAAAUGUCGCCGUUCUCAGAAAAAAAAAAAAAAAAAAAA